CGUCUCUCUCGUCUCGUGACGAGUGACGACUGAUGACAGUGGUGACAAUCGAGUGACGGUGUGCGGUAAAUAUCUUCGAUUUUCUUUCGGUUAUAAGAUGUAAAACCACGCUUUUCACGAGUUCCACAGAACUGCGAGCAACGUAAAAGAAUACAUAUCAUUCUCAGGGUUAUUGACGUUGUCGUUAUGUCAAUUUUACGCGUACAAGCACGCAAUGAAACAAACUCCGGAAUAACGAUCUUACAGUUUACAUCUCAUUGAUCAUGACAAGUAUCAAUAAACGCUGUUAAAUAAAGGACUCGCUAGAUACUAUGAUUUAGAUAAUGGCACCGUCGAAAGACAAAUGGAUCAGGCGCUUUAUAAUCACCGAGACGAAACGGCACAAGAAGGGUUUCACAAUUUACAAAGUCACUUCUAUGAUAUUCCUGAAAGCCUCUCACGAGGAGGUAUCGAAGGUGUCUGUAUGGAAGCGCUACAACGACUUCAAGAAACUCCACUCAGAACUCGGUGUUUUACACAAGCGUUUAGGGAUAAAGGAGAGUUUCCCGACUCUCCCCAAGUCAAAGUACUUCGGCAGAUUCGAGGCCGAGGUCGUCGAGGAGAGGAAGAAAUAUGCCCUCAAGUUCUUGGAGUUCGUCGGGAGAUACUCGUACUUAUAUUCGAGCGAUAUUUUUAUAACGUUUUUUGAAUCUAGUCACGUGGAGUGCAGCAGCAAUCGUACGCACUCCUCGAGUCCAACGCGUUCCGAUACGUCGGAGGAGGAUCGUAUCGCUGCCAAGAAUGAUCCCUUAAUUGUGAACGAUAAUACGGCGCGCGAUACUUUUCAAACCGCUCUCUGUCUGCCUAAAACGCCUUCUGAUGUCUCGACGAAUCUGUGUUCCACAGUACCGAAUACCGACACGAACGAGAACGAAUUUACGGAAUCUCGAACGAACGAAUCUCACGGCACGAUCAAUUUGCAGAGUGUAACCGCGACGAAGGAUGAACAAAGCAACAAAACGACCAAAUUGUAUGUACAAAAUACCGUUGCCGAGGACUGCAAUGUACAAAACGUGAAGAACACAAAUUUGAACAGGAACAAUGCAACGGCGUUGAACAACGAGUUGGGAUUCGAUAGUUUGAAUAACAAUAUCAGUAAGAGUCUUUCGAACCACAACACGGAGCACUCUACGUACUCCGCGAUAUCACAGGAAGCGGUAGAGCUUUCACAAACGCAGCCAGACCCUACGCAGUACCUCUUGAUAGCUGCCGGCCAUAUGAGCGCAGCGUUCAAGCACGAAUCCAUAGCGGAGUACGAGGAGGCUUUCAUGCAAUACAAACUGGGGAUAUCGUGUCUCAUUAACGGCGUGCAGUACGACCCGAACGGCGCCAGGGUCGUGAGCAUAAAGGAUAAAAUAUCGAAGUACUUGACGCAGGCGGAGCAAUUGUACAACAGAUACCUGAACUGCAACGUCUCGGUAGUGAACAAGCCGGUGUCGGAGCUGCAAUACUACAAAGUACUUAAAGCGAUGAAGUCGGUGAUGCUCGUGAUGGACGUACGCGCGAAUUGCGACAGGAUAAUAAAGCCGGUAGAGAAAUCUUCCAGUCACGAGAAUAAUAUAAGUGACUACGUGUUACGGGGACAAGUGCCAUACAUGGUACACUUAUACGCGUGCGUCGAGACUGAAACAACCGUGUUCUUGAUCCUGCAGUAUGCGAGCUGCGGGAAACUGUGGGACUUCGUAAGACUGCAUUACGGAACAUCCGACAGUCUGCCGUACACCACCAACGUGAUUUCCAAUCGUGCAUACACGAAAGAACUCAAUAACGACGAGGUCAAUGAAGAUGCCAUCAAGCUGAGAAAGAUCAAUAACAUUAUACAAAAUAAUAAACUGCAGGGCAAAAUUCACUCGACGUCUGUGCAAAGUGAGAUCUACAGUACAGAGGUGCCUACUAUACAACUGUUAGAAAAGUCACAGAAAUUAUUGCAGUCUGUCAGCGCCACGUUGAAGAGGAGCAACUCCAUCGCGAGUCGACUGAACGAAUCUGCUGACUCGAGACAAUCGGGCAACGCAGCGUCAUUAUCGAAUGCGCGAGCCGUUACGCAGAUAUCUCAGGAGCCGCAUCUCACAUUAUCCAGUAGCGUGGACGAUAUCACGGUCAACGGGAAUUUCUCGACGAAAAGUUUUGUAAGAAAAAUCAUUUUAAAAGAUGCUAGUCCCCUGUUCUCCGCGAACAACAGCGAGAACCGCGACAGAACGGGGAACCAUUGCGCGCCUGCAUUAAAAGAAAAUUGCGCGGCUCAUGAUUCGCUUGGGAAAAAUCAGACGAGCGAUUUACGAGCGAUCGAUAACUCCGCUUCGAGGAUUACGUCAAUGCACAAUGUCUCGAAUGAUACGAUUCGCAUCUCUGAGAAACAUGACACUAAAAAUAUAUCGGAUCGUUUUUCAAACAUCAACUGUAUCGAUGAAGCGCAAUAUCCAUGUAAGGAGAAUGACGUAGAGGAGGAGCAAGAACUCUGGCAAAUUCCCGAAGGCAUAAUUCGCACGUGGGUGGCCGAGAUUCUGCUAGCGUUGGAGGCACUUCAUCGACAGGACGUACUAGUCCUCGAUCUCAACCCGGAUAAUAUUCUUCUCGACGAGGCGGGACACGUGCGGCUCACUUAUAUCGUGCCGCAACGUGAUGUCGAGCUGUCGAAACUAACGCAUCCGUACUCGUCGCCCGAAUCGGUCAGGUUUUCUCCGACUGUUGCUGUUACAACCGCCACAGACAUUUGGAGUGUCGGAGUUAUCCUGUACGAGCUACUUACUGGCGCUACUUUCGUCGCGAAACAUCCAGGAUUGUUUCAUUCACAUUCCGCACUUAACAUUCCUAGCAACCUAUCGGCAAGCGGAAAAUCUUUACUAUGUGGUAUGCUAAAAUAUUAUCCGGACGAGCGACUAACGGUAGACGAAAUAAAGCGUCACUCGUUCUUCGCCGAGAUCGAUUGGUCCAAUAUAGUCGAUAUUUCUCCAAUGUAAUGCUCGCACAGUUAUUACACACGGUUAAUAAAUUUUAUAUAAUUGUUAAUAGAAUUAGUAAUACAAGUAUUUAUUGUGUAUUGUUGCAUAACGGGAAUACGAAAUAAUCUGUACAAAUGAAGAAUCUGUAUCUCAAUGUUAUAAAGAAAAUAAGUAGUCUC